AUGACGGUCACGGCUGCAGACAAAAAAGUCACACUGAUUCCUUGGGACCCGCAGUCCUCGACUCAUCGACAGUGGCUUAUCAAGCAGCGAGACGAGUGCGGUUGGGACCAGGACAAGAUCGAAGGCGCAUGGAAACAGUACCAGACUGAAGGGUAUAAGUGCAUCUAUUGGAUUGUCUUGCCUUCCGAUGACCAGGUAGCACGAGAGCAGGUGAAGGAUGGGAAUCUGGAAUCAAAGGAAAAUGAAACACUCCGCGAUACAGCGCAAUCAAUCAACGGAGUGUCUCGAGAAGCCACCCAGAAAGACUUUGUUCCCAUCGGACAUAUCUCUUUGGAUUCACGCAAUCCAGGAGUAGAGAGAGUGGGGGUUGCUAGCUCAGCUCCUGGUCUAUUUUGGAUCAAAACCUUCUUUGUUUCCGGAAAAUUCCAAAGCAAAGGUAUCGGGCGGGCGGCGAUGGACGAGGUGGAAUCAAUGGCUGUUAGAGAGCCAUUGUGUGCGACAAUGCUUAUGCUGGAUGUGAUUCCCGGGGAGGACCAGAUGAGGGAAGAAUUCGCUCUCGCAACUUAUGGAAGCGUUCCCAAGUUUACUACUGAGGAGUGGUACCUCCGCAGGGGAUAUACGCCCUUCAAGACUGUGCAGAACUUUUAUGAUGUGGUUGAUCGCAAUGGAAAGCCUUGGGAUAUGAAGACGAUCUUUAUGAAGAAGGAGAUCAAAUAA